CAACUAUGUAAAUCAAGGUGAAGGUUCAUAGUCCAUUUUGAUAACAUUCGAUCUAUUUUAGAGUUUGCACGAGCACGUGUGAAAGCUUUGUAAACAGAAAAUGUCAUCGCUUUUACGAGCUUUUUGUGGUUACCACAGAAUUUCAACAAAAUGGAAAGGACUUGUACCAUCGUCAUAUCAGUUCAUUCAGAAUGGAUUAGUAUCAACCUACAAUCAGAGUGACAAGACAGAUUAUGCAUAUGAGAUGGCUUGUUCGAAUAUUCGAUAUGGAAAAGGCGUGACACAGGAAGUUGGUCUGGACUGCCUAAACUUCAAAGCCAGAAAUGUUUGUGUGAUGACGGACAGUAAGCUAGCAAAAAUGGAUCCUGUGCGGGUGGCUCUUGAGUCCUUAGAACAACAUAAAGUUCCAUACCAACUGUAUGACAAAGUGCGUGUGGAGCCAUCAGACCAGAGCUUCAAAAAUGCAGUUCAGUUUGCAUUAGAUGGAAACUUUGAUGUCUUCUUGGCAAUAGGCGGGGGAUCAGUGAUGGACACAUGUAAAGCUGCUAAUCUUUACUCCAGCAAUCCAAGUGCAGAGUUUUUGGACUAUGUCAAUGCUCCCAUUGGCAGGGGAAGGCCUGUCACGCACACUGUGAAGCCUCUCAUUGCUGUAUCAACCACAGCAGGGACGGGAAGUGAGACAACAGGGACUGCUGUCUUUGAUUUCUUAGCCCUUAGGUCCAAAACAGGUAUAUCCAGCAGAGCUUUACGACCCACUCUAGGAAUCCUUGACCCUCUCCAUUUGAGAACAGUUCCAGAAAGAGUGACUGCCUAUACUGGCAUUGACGUUUUAUGUCAUGCAAUAGAGUCAUUUACUGCUUUGCCUUAUUAUGAAAGACAGCCCCGCCCUGAUAACCCAAUUGCACGGCCUGCCUACCAAGGUAGUAACCCGAUCAGUGAUGUAUGGUCGAGGCAUGCCUUGACUAUAACUUCCAAGUUUUUGAAACGAGCAGUGUAUAACCCUGAUGAUGAAGAGGCAAGGUCUCAAAUGUUGCUUGCUAGCUGCUUUGCAGGUAUAGGAUUUGGCAAUGCUGGUUGCCAUUUGUGUCAUGGCAUGUCUUACCCAAUCUCAGGCUUGGUGAAGACAUUCACAUCAAAAGACUAUGACUUGGAUCAUCCAAUGGUUCCACAUGGACUUUCUGUCAUCAUCACUGCUCCAGCAGUGUUCACUUUCACUGCAUCAGCAUGUCCUGAGCGCCAUCUAGAGGCAGCGACAUGCCUUGGAGCUGAUGUAAGAAAUGUGAAAAGAGAAGAUGCUGGAAAAUUUCUGGCUGAUGUUCUCCGCAAGAUCAUGCUUGAUAUUGAGGUUCCGAAUGGUUUGAAAGAACUGGGCUACACUUCAACCGAUAUUCCUGAAUUAGUAAAAGGCACUUUGCCUCAGCAUCGUGUGACGAAAUUAUCACCUAGGCCUGCCAGUGAAGAAGAUUUUGCUGCUAUGUUUGAGAGUUCAUUGACAGUAUAUUAACAUCACCAUGCUUUUCAAGUAUGAUGCUUCUAAGAAUGUUAAGGUAAAGCAUAUAAAUCCACAUAAAGGGAUAUUUUGAUGAUGUGAAAACAUAUUUAUUAAGAACCACAAAGCAUGAAUGAAAAUUGCAAGUGGAAAAAGACUUAAGGUCGUGCAGUUUCUAGUUGAAUUUUAGUUAUUUCGGGUUUUUUUCUGCUGAUCUGCAAAAUAUAUGUUUAUGCAGUGUAUACAAAAGGAAUAAUAUUCUCAUAUAAUGUAAAAUUGUAUUUCAAACAGUAUUCUGCCCUUGACCAUGAAACAUGUUUCAGAGUAUUCAGUGGCAAUACAGAAUGAUGUAAGAUACUUUAGAUAUUCUGCAGAUACUUUUGUUUUAUAACUACUUUUCUCAUGGUCUAGAACUAUAUUCAUGCAUUAUUAAUAUGUAAACAUAGUAAGUGAAAGUGCAUGAAAGGAAAGCACUUACAAAAAUAAAGUUAUGCAGAGGAAAAAUGGUAAUGAAAGCAUCUUAACUUUUCCUUAUGUAUAAUUUUGGAGUCUUAUUUUGCAUUUAUAUUUCUCAUCAAGUCCUGUAUAGUGAGCCGUAAUAUAGCCUUAGUUGCUGGCAUGGCAUAAAACACAACCAACCAACCUGUACAUGCGAAUUUUUAUUGUGUUGUGCUUGGCAUUGAUUUGAACCAGAUAAUAUAAAUAUUUGAAAAAGAUCAUGUGCCUUAUGGAGAUAUGUUUAGCGCAGUAUUGUAGCAUUUUUUAAUCUUUCUGUAUGGUUUACAAAAAUAAUAGGAGAAUACUUUUUAUGGUUUUGUACUGUUGCUUUUCUACAGGCAUGGGGCAAUAAUUUACCUGCGUUAAUGGAACUGUGUUCAGCUACUGUAAAUUGAUCUUGAUCCAAAUUGAUCAAAAAUCAUGACCAGCUGAUUCAGUCCAUAUACAUUUUAUGUACAUCUUGAAUUUUUGGAACCUUUAUUCUUUAAGUACAAUGUCUUUUUAUUGUAAUCGGUUUAAUUAAUGAUAAUGGUUUGUUUCUACAUAAUGAUAUAAUUGGGCUCAUUUCCAUGAAUUACAUUGGAAAAAAAAGCAAUAUUUAUAUACUGAGCUCUGUUUCCUGUAGUGCAGAAAGUUUCAGCCAUGAUAUGAUUAGAUGUUUUCAUACCCUAAAGUCCAUGUGAAUUUGGAAAAAAGUGAUCACCAAAGAAGUACUUGUUUUCUAAAAAGCAUAUGAUCAUUAAUUAAAGCUUGCUAAACUUAA